AUGUUUGAUGGCUCCCGCUUCCAGGCUGACAUCACGUGGGAACAUCCUGCCUAUUGUUCCCAGAUCAAGAAUUACACCUGUAUACCUGAAGCUUCAGCACCAGGCCCAGUGCAGAACAUCCAAGCCUCAGUCACCUCCACCCCCCAUGGGAUCUCUGCUAACCUCACCUGGGACAGGCCUGACAACAGGACAGGCCAAAUCACCAGCUUUCUGGUUAGAUGGGGACAGUGUGUUACUGUCAGUAUUCUCAGCUGGAUCCAGGAAACUACUGCAAACUCUACUGUAGUACCAGGGAACCUACAACACUACCUGCUGAGUGACCUCAGACCAAAUAGCCGCUAUGGAGUGCAGGUGCUUGCCAUGACACCUUAUCAUACAGAGAAUGACCUGAACAUCAACAUAGCUCAUGUCACCUGUUUUGAGACAGGGGAUCUUCAAGUUUAUGGUACUACAAAAGUAACUGUUUCCAAGAUGAGGACAGCCAUACUGGAGAGCACUCUGCCCUAUGGUCUCCCAGUUGGUGAAACCAUCCCUCCCAGUGCAGACACCAGGCCCCUGCCCCUGCAUAUCUACAUCCCAGCCUCUGUAGCCGUCACGCUCCUCCUGCUGGCUGUAUCCUACUGCUACUAUCGCCACUACAAGUUCUCCAGCCUGACUAAAACUGUCGAUGAUGACGGGGGGACUUGGAAGAAGAACAUCUACAUCGCAGGUCAUCAUCAGCCUGCUGAUAGCUUGGAUGUUGUAAAACCAGACCCGUGUGAUCGCUGGGAAAUCCCCUUCUCGCGCCUCACGCUUUACGAGACACUUGGACGAGGUGCCUUUGGCAAGGUUGUGCGAGGAGUCCUGAUGGGCAGUGUACCAACACACAGGAAGGCCUCCUCCCCGAUCGCAACAGAGAAGGCCAAGAGCUUCAACGUGACUGUGGCUGUUAAGAUGCUCCAUGAGUUGGCAGGAGAGUGCCAAGUUCAGGCCUUCCUAGAAGAGAUCCAGCUGAUGAAGAGGGUUGGUUAUCAUCCCAACGUGGUGAGCCUGCUGGCCUGCUGUACUGCUGGGAGUCCUAUCUGCCUGGUGGUGGAGCACAUGCCACAGGGCGACCUCCUCGGAUUUUUGCGGAGCAAGCGUUCCCAGGUCUAUGCAGGAAGGGGAGAUGAUCUCGAAGAAGGCAGUCUCACCCAGAUGAACCUCCUGUCCUUCGCCAGACAGAUAGCAGUGGGAAUGGAAUUUCUGUGGCAGAAGGGAUUUGUGCAUCGUGACCUUGCAGCUCGGAAUGUCCUUGUGGGAGAUGAAGGGGUCGUGAAGAUCGGAGACUUCGGACUGACUCGCUACAUCUACACGGACAAGAUCUAUGUCAGCAAGAGGGGCGGCAAGCUGCCAAUCAAGUGGAUGUCACCUGAGGCCAUCUUUGACCAGACGUUUACCACACAGAGUGACAUCUGGUCGUUUGGAGUGGUUCUUUGGGAGCUGGCGACCCUGGGGGGCUGCCCCUACCCCGGCAUUCAGAACAGGGACAUGCUAGGCCUGCUGCAGAGAGGAUACAGGAUGGAGCAACCCGAAAACUGCCCUGAUGAGAUGUACCAGUUGAUGCUUACCUGCUGGCACGAGCUCCCUGAAGACCGCCCUUCCUUCACGGACAUCCGCAACUUCUUGGAGGACCUCAUGGAGAAAGACACCCCCUACCUGGACCUGAGAGUGGACCAGUCCAAGGAUUACUACAAGGCAGUGGACAGUGAUGGAGACAACAGCGUGGAAGUUGCUGAAUCCUGCCCUUCUUCUCUUGUAGCUCCCUCUUCUAACGGACUCAUCAGUAUUGGCCAGUCCUCAACUUUGCCAUCCUCUCUCUGGUCUGCUGGGCAAGGGCUAACCAUGGUACCUUCUGAAAUGACCCCUCCAAAAGGCAUAACCUUACCCAGAACAUCAAAGGAGUCACUCUCCAUCCAACCUUUGUCUCACCUUAGCCUUACAGGCAGGCAGAGUUCCAAUGUUUGAAACAUCCCCUUUCUGUCUCCACGAUGAAACACCUGCAACAUUAGCUCUUAGCCAGAAAAUAGAUGUUUCCAUAUUUGGUGCGGUCUGAAUACGAAAAAAAAGCAGGCAGGAAUUGUACAUGGGGAAAGGUCUGAGCCCACAGCAUCAGGCACAUGUUUUGCUGGCACUGUGAAUGUUAUAUCUCAGUGAUUUUGGUACCAGACACCACAAACAUGGGACCACAUAUCAAAUAUGGUACCAAUGUACAGCAUACAGAAUACUGGUACAUAAUUUAAUAACACAUUACCAAAAUGUCUAACCCUCUGAAACAAUGUCCUGCAUUUUCAGAGGCAAUCUUUAAAGCAUACGUCAUUUUUAUAGUUAUACAAUUUGGUCAUAUUGAUUUUUUUCCAGAAAUUUAGGGACAGUGGUGACAUUCUGAAUUUUAAAAAAAGGAUGCCCCUGGACACAUUUAAAGGUUCCCACCAAGUCCUGAGAUGCCCUGUCUGCCUGAAAACCUCCUUGAAGGUCUUAACUACCCAUUGUUUAUGUACAUUUUGUGAAGAUGGGUUUAUGCUUUUACCAGCGGUCUCAGAAUGAUUGCUUUGAGCCUACCUUCAAGUAGAGAGGGAAUAUCAAUGUAUGUAAGUAUUCCCUCUUAUCCUAGCCUGUACCAGACUCCAUCGGUAAUCCAAAAAUAGUGCAAAGUGUAAAAGUAGGCUUCAUCAUCUGCCAGAGCAGUUAGCUGGCAAAGGAGUUGCACAUGCAGUAGACUAUUAAAGAAGUCUUGUAGAGACUAGCUGGACCUGCUGUAGUGGCCAUGUAAUCUCCAAGCAAAUCUUUAGACAGCAAAGACAGUAUCAAUGGACCAUGUGCUCCACGGAAACAGGAGCUUGAGAAAUGAUACGAUUGUACCUUUCUAAUCUGCUGGUAGAUUAGAGGCCACCUGGACCCUGGGUCCCUACAUGGGAGAUGAAAAUGAAGAGAGAGGAUGGUCAUGGUUUAUGCAUGUUUGACAACUGUGAAGCUAACUGUUAUGGUUGGUCAUGCAUGAAGUCUCCACAUGAAAAGUUGUUCCUGAGUGAAAGGGAACACAAAUCCAGUCUGUUUGUUUGGGGAUUGAACUGUGUGUAACAGGAAUGUUAAUUUUGAUGGGAACACAAAAGAUGUAAAAGAAAAGUGUUCCUGAUUAUUGAGCACUUGUACGUUACAUUGAGAAACUGUAUGGUUAUACUCGAUCCUGUAAAUACCGCUAUGUGUUGUAAAUGAGCUUUUCAAGUAGGAAGAGGUGAAAUGAUUGAUAUUAUGAUGUUUGUAUGAUAAUUGGAUUAAUCCCUCAUUUACUGUUCACUUCUAGAAGUAAUAGCUAUUUUACUCUGUAAGUCUAUUGUAAGUAUAUUGAUCUUGUUACCCACAGUUUUGUUAAUCAAAAGAAACAGCAUCAAGGUAUUAAAUCGUGUUGUAAAGACUGGAAGUCUAAUUAGCCUUUCUCAAACA